AUGAAUUCUUUGAAUUCUCGCUUCAAGGGCUUAGGAUUAGGUAAACGGAAAUCCACCGCCAGCAUCCCCUCGCCAGACCGCCCGCCCGCCAACGCCAGUUCGACCCCUCCACCGCAAAUCACGCAGCAAUACCCCGUACCGCACGCCGCCCUCGCCAACGCCCAGCCUGGCCAUAGCCAGCCCGCUCACGCCGCUACCGGUCCCGCCCCCUCUCUCCAUUCAACCUCUUCGCAGGCGAGCCUCCCGAUAAUGAACCAUCCCGGCGCUGGACCUCGUCCGCCUAGUUACACCGCCAACUUCCAGCAGCAGCAGCAGCAGCAGGGCGGCCAGCAGCCUCUCGGUCGCACAAGUCCAUUGACUCAAGGUCCAGCCCGCACACCGCCCACGCAGAUGGUCGGCGGUCCUCCUCCCAUCAACACCAGUGCUCCCGUGUCCGGAUACCCGCCGCAGAUGCACAUGCCACCAGGAGCGCAACCUCCUCAGGGGGUUGCAGGUGGUCCGCCUGGCUACAACACCGGCUACCCGCCGCCCGCUCCCACACCGCUGCAGAACAAUGGCAUGGCGGCCUACGGUCGACCAGCUGCCGAGGUUGAGGGAAGCAGUCGGAGCAAGGCCCAGCUGAUUGUCGGAAUUGAUUUCGGCACGACGUUCUCGGGUGUCGCAUUCGCUUUCGCCACUAACAACGAAGCCAAGGAAGACAUCAUCACAGAAUGGCCGGGAGCUGGCUCGUACACGAAGCAAAAGAUCCCCACUGUGCUCUACUACGAUCAAUACCAGAAGGUUGUUGGAUGGGGUCCAGAUAUCGCCGACGCGCUGGCCCCGACAGGAUACCCGAAGCCAGGUGUCCAGAAAGUCGAGUGGUUCAAGCUCCAGCUGAUGCUUUCUGGAAACACAUACAUCGACCCCAUCAACCUACCACCUUUGCCGCCCGGAAAGUCCGAGAUCGACGUGGCUGCUGAUUACCUCUUCAAGCUAAGACAAGCCAUGCGAGCAGCUCUCCAGAAGACCCUGGGCGAAGUCUUUAACAGAGAAGAGCGCAACAUUCGGUACUACCUGACUGUGCCCGCUAUUUGGAACGACGCAGGCAAGGCUGCCACGCGAGCGGCAGCUAUACAGGCUGGAUUUCUCCGCGACGAGAACGACAACCGAUUGACGCUGGUCAGCGAGCCCGAGGCUGCUUCGCUAUUUUGCGCCAAGACUGGCUUGUUGAAUCUGAAAGUCCACGAUGCCAUCCUUAUUGUGGAUUGUGGUGGUGGUACCGUCGAUUUGAUCGCUUACGAGGUCGAAGAUGAAAACCCUUUCACGGUGGCCGAAUGCACAGCAGGUUCCGGUGAUUCGUGUGGUUCAACAGCACUGAACAGGAAUUUCAGCAACAUUCUGCGAACCAAAAUUCGGAAGAUGAAACUGCCCGAUGGAUCCAAGACCGCUGGCCGCGUAUACGCCAAGUGUAUCAUGGACUUUGAGAACAGAAUCAAGGCCGACUUCAGAAACAACGGCCAGAAGUGGGCCGUCGACGUUGGUAUCGAGGCCGAGUUCCCCGAGGCUGGCAUCGAGGAGGGUUACAUGACUUUCACCAACGAGGAGAUUCUUCAGUGUUUCGAGCCCGUUGUCAACAGAAUUUUGGAGCUUGUGCGGAACCAGAUCAUCGCCAUCCAAGCCCAGAACCGGACAUUACAGAACAUUCUGGUUGUGGGUGGUUUCGGUGCUUCCGAGUAUCUCUUCCAGCAGAUCAAGCUUCACGUUCCACCUCAAUUCCAGUCCAAGGUCGUCCGACCCAUGGACUCCGUUGCUGCCAUCGUCAAGGGUGCGGUUACCGCUGGUAUUACGGAGCGAGUUAUCACUCACCGUGUUGCUCGUCGCCAUUACCUCAUGGCAACUCUGCAGCCAUUCAAAGAGGGCUACCAUCCCGAGGCAUAUCGUGUACCCUCGCUCGAUGGUAAAGAUCGAUGCAAGUUUACCCGACAAAUCUUCGUGCAGAAGGGGCAAAAGGUCAAGAUCGGCGAACCUGUUAAGGUCUCGUUCUUCCGUCAGGUGGCUCCCGGUGCCACACUCAUGUACGAAGACAUCCUUUAUGCUUGUGAUGACGAUGUCUGCCCCGAGUAUACCAAGGAUCCUCGUAUAAAGGAAGUUGUCACACUCACGUCAGAUUUGUCACGGAAGAACCUAGAAAAAGACUUCGAGCGUAUGGAUACCCCACAAGGCACUUUUUACCGAGUGUACUUCGACAUUUACCUGACGCUGGACGGAUCGGAAUUCAGCGCCGAACUCGUCUGCCAAGGCGAAGUUAUGGGACGUUGCAGAUCUAGAUUCAGGUAA